AUGGAGAAAAGGUUUCUUGAUAAGGUGGAAGAUAAUGCGGCUGUCCAAACUUGGUCUGAGACAACACAGCAUAAGAAAUGUGAUAGUUUGGCCGAAGGAUACGUGUCAGAGUUGUGGGACUUCACUCGUGUUAGUGUGACUCAGAAUAGCCUACAGGAACUAAAGGAAAUCUGGGACCAGUGGAAUGAUGAGAUUAAGCAGCUCUUCUAUUCAAGUUAUGGUGACUUACCUUACUUGCUUGAUCUAAAGGUGGAUAAGCACUUGUUUCGUGCUUUGGCCCAAUUUUGGAAUCCUGCCUAUAGUUGCUUUACCUUUGGAAAAGUUGAUUUAGUGCCUACGGUGGAGGAGUAUACGGCGUUGCUAUGUUGUUCAAAAAUGCAACCGGACAAAGCCUAUUCAAGAGCUGCUAAUGUUCCAACCUUUUUGAAGAAAUUGAUGAAUAUUACGGGGAUGAGUGAGCAAUGGGUUGCAGCACGAAUCAAACAAAAGGGAGAUAGUAAGUGCGUUCCUUGGAGGAACUUGAAAGACUUAAUUCUAGCGCACCCGGAUAUGAGGAAGAGGGUUGAUGUCUUUGCCUUGGGUAUCUACGGUUUGGUUGUCUUUCCCAAAGCUUUGGGACAUAUUGAUGAAGCAGUUACUGACCUUUUUGACCGUCUUGACAAGGGGGUUACACCAGUUCCAGCAAUUCUGGCAGAAACCUUCAGAUCUCUGAAUGAAUGUCGAAGAGUAGGUGAGGGUAGAUUCAUUGGAUGCACGCAGCUCCUUUUAGCAUGGUUUCACAGUCACUUUUGGAGGGUGGAUAAGGUUUCCUAUCGGGUUUUUUCUGAAAAUUAUUCGCCCUUGAAGGAAAUAGUGACAUUACCCAGGCAGGAUGAUGAGAUCUUAUAUAGGUGUGGAGAUUUUGAUUGGGUUCCCCUACUUGGGAUUUGGGGAGCUAUUGGUUAUGCACCGUUACUGGUAUUGAGACAGUAUAGAUCGAGACAGUUCGUACCUACAACCCAAAGAUUAGCUCAAAGUGAAUUCUCGUAUAAGUGUGAUGGCUACAAGAAGAAGAUACGAGAAAUGACUAAUGCUUGGAGGCAGACUCGACGAUUGAAGAGAUUGGCAGUAGGUCCAUCAACGACUCCUGAAUAUAUCAGUUGGCUAGGUAUGAGGGUCAAUGAUAACAUACCUGUACCAGGUCAAGGAGACAGUCAAUUUGUGGAAAAGCAUGCACAUAUGGUCCCUUCUGAGCUAGAAAUUAUAAAGCAAGAUUUUGAAAGAAGAAAUUCUGAGCUCGAGAAGAAGAUAGAGCAAAUGGAAGAGGAGAAGAUGAAUUUAAGGCUGGACAUAGAUGUUCAGAAACUGGAAGCCGAAGGCUUGAGAAAAGGGAAGCGCAAAGUCGAAGACCUGAACAGUUUGAAAACAGAUUAUAAGAGGUUACGUUUCCAGAGCGAAAAGGAUGAAUUAAAAGCUAGGGUGGCUGAAUUGGAGGCAAUAUUACAAGACUAUGAAGCCCGAAUUGAACAUCUGGAAGCAAAUGAAGAUCAUCAAAAUGAACAGCUCCACCAUCUUCAGGAUCAAGUUGCAAGCAGGGAUCACAUCAUGGGAGAAGCCGUGGUUUAG